AAAACAACUCAAUUACUAAAACGAAAAAACCUCUUCUACACGUCACAGUGAUUCAUCUCUAAAUUUGAAUAAAAAAAUUUGGGAAAAAAGAGGACAAAAAAAACAAACAUUAAUUAAUAAUUUGUGUACAUACGUCAAUUUGUUUUCUUCGAAAUGUAUACUCAAUCGCAACAACCGAAGCAGUCGCAGCCACAUACAAAAAUUGAGAAAGAUUCAAUGGUAACGCAACAAAUCUAUGCUCCCUUGUCGCCUUGUCCAAUACCAGAUAUAAAUGAUGAUGACUUGGUUUCAAUAUCGGUACGUGAUUUAAACCGCACAUUAAAAAUGCGUGGCUUAAACCGUGAGGAAAUCGUUCGCAUGAAACAAAGGCGACGUACUUUAAAAAAUCGUGGCUAUGCAGCCAGCUGCCGUAUCAAACGUAUCGAACAGAAAGAUGUUUUAGAAUCUGAAAAGUCGCAUGAAUGGCUGGAAUUAGAACAAAUGCACGAGGAAAACGAACAAAUAAAUAAAGAAAUUGAGAAUUGGAAAAAGAAAUACAUGGCUCUUCUUGAGUUUGCGGCGCAAAACGAUAUUCCAAUACCACCGGAAUUAGAAUUAUGUUAGAGGAGUGCAUUUUGCAUUACGUGAACCGAUAUGUAUUUUAAAAAGAAGUACAAGUUUAUUUUAUAGCUCUAAGUAAUUUAGAUAUAAACAUAUUCGAAAAUAAACAUUUAGCCUAGCUGAGGUGAGGAAACUCUCAACAAUUAAAUAAAUUCGUCACAAGCGAUAAUGUUAUUUGCAAUUUGUGUGACAACAUGCAAAUAGUAUAUUAGUCCUACACUGACCGAAAAUAUACAUAUCUUUUACAAGUAAUAUAACUGGAAAGAGCAAUCUUGUAUGUACGUUCCGCAAUACCAGCCGAAAAUAAAUUUUAUGUUAAGAUAAACGAAUAUUUUGAAAAUGACUGUAUCCGUAAAAUACGUAUAGCGCAAGAUCUAUUAGGCAAGCAAGCUUGAAGAGCAACUUCUGAAUGGUAUGAAAAAUCCAAUAUGGACUAUUCGUUGAUAUCAGUUCAACAUCUUACGCAAAAUUUUACCGAAUUUUGAGUUUGGUAGCGAAAUGAAUACGAAACGCAAUACAGUUUUAGGCAUUUUUAGUAAAUAUUCGCCACAAGCCUUACUAGCGAGAGCCUUGAUUACGCGUGAACAACUUGUGCUUCAAAAAAGCCAUCAGGAUGAAAAUACACAGGUCUAGAGUUCACCCGUUCACAAGUAAGCCAAUAAUCGCCAUGAGAGCUAGCCGAGCGAGCACGAAGGAGGAAGUAAGUUUAGUUUGAACAAAGUUUCUCUAUAAAUAAUUCACGUUAUUGCUAGCAAUAGAUUCAAUACAUGUUUAUAAGUGAAACUUUGGUUGUAAAAUAGUUCCGAUAACCGAAAAACCGACAAUCAAAUACUCUUACUGAUAAGCGAUAGCUUUUUUAAAUUUGCAAAAUUGAAUGGCGAUUACGACAAAAAAGACAAUUUAAUCUAGCGGACAGAAAAUGCUUUAAGAUUGCAAGAUUGUCAACAGCUUCUUGCGCCAUCUUGUUUUCAUUUAAGAGUGUUUUACGUUCUACACUAUUACUAUUGUUUUUAGAUUGUUAUGGGAGAGAUAUUCAAGGAACGUACAUAGUAAAUGUGCAUUAAAACAUAACAGCUUUAUUGUCAUUACAUAUGUAUAUAAUAAAGGCAAACAUUAUAUAAUAAAAACAUAUAAUCAUUACACUUACAACACGCACUAUGUGCCAGGGAAUUAUAAAAAUCCUAAACAAAAUAUUAUAUGUAUGAAGACAUUUUAAAGAAAAAGAACUCGAUUCGCGUGACUUUAAUUAUUGCCACCGAAGUGAUUAGUCGUUCUAGUCUGCUUUCAUAUUUUCUUGAGUAAUUGUUUGCGUACAAGAUUUUAAAUUGCAUAUUA